AUGCGGCGCACAUGGAUACGGCUAGGUAUGACGACCGUCACCAACGGAGGCGGCGGCACCACCAUCACCAACACAGCUGCAGCACCAGCAGCAGCGGCGGCGGCGGCGGUUGUGCUUCCUCUGCAGUCGCAGCGUCGCAUACGUGAAAUCAUGGUGCGGCGUAUACUGCUCUCCUCGAAACCGCUCACGUCGCACGAGUUUGUAGAGCUGGUCAGGCGCGAGUAUCACCAGGUAGAGGCGCCCGCACAAUCGAAGUCAGGAUCGGCGCACGAGGCUGAGGGCGCUGAGGGCCCGGCGACGCGAGCGGCGGGGAGUCGGAGGAGAAGUGACGUGGAAGUGAUGGGGGACGCCGCAGCGCAUAACCCCGUGGCGUACCUUCGCGGUUACCUCAGCUCUGCGUCGACGGAGACUGCUGGCACGCCGCCCGCCCGUGCCGCGGCCGCUCCCUGCCCUGUUGAGGCAACUGUGCGUUUACUGCUGGCCCUCGACUCACAGUUUCGCCUCUCCUCAGCUGGAUAUGUGUGCUACCCGAACUUGCCCUCGCUGUUUCUUGCCUCGAGUAAUGUGGACCAGGAUGCGGCGUGGGUGCAGGCGGGGCGUCGAAUCCUGCGAGCGGACGAGGCGAGGCCCCGCGGCAGCGGCGGUGAUGUUGCUGUCAGGGCGGCAACUGGGGAGGGCGCGGGGGAGGCGUCCCGCUGGACGUACAUGCUUAGCCUUUGGUUCAUGCUGGACGCCUUAGCCGAGUCGGUCGAGGCGGUGGGCGAGAAGGGCGCGGCAACCGGCAGCCACGGCGCGCACGCCAGCGCGUUCGUUUCAACGCAGCUCAUGCAUCACUGGAUAGCUGCGGCUGACGCGCGUGAGCUGCCACCGCUGCUGUUGCAGGAACUCGCGGCCGCAGGGCAGCGGGACGUCCCAAGCGCACGAUGCGUGUCCACCUCGCUGGAGCUGCGGGAAUCUGUGGAGGGGAACGACAUGUUCCGGCGCUGGUGCUCCGAGGCCAGGGAGGGCUACAUGAGCGACAUCCUCCUGCAUGCCCCGCAACUCACCCAGACUCACUCGCUGCUGUUGCAGCAGGUCAACGACCAGUUGGCAUACCUAUUUACCUUCAUGCUUGGCGCCCCCAUCCCGCUGGGUCGGCUGUCGGCGCUGAUUCAGUGGGCGAGUCUUCCCUUUGCGGAGCACUACCGCUCCCUGCUUCACUUCCUCCUCCUCUACGCGGGCAACCCCGCCGUGGCACAGAUGGAGCGGCAGUUGCGACGGCGCCGCAAGGCCCAGAAGCGAUGGACGGAUGUGCUGCGGUCCCGCCUGAAGGAAGCCGAUGGUCGCCGCUGGCACCCUGGCAAAAGUUACAUGCUGGCGGGUCGCUACGCCUCGCGUGAGCGCGUGGAAGAGACGCCAGGCGCUGCGUUCGGCAGCUACGACCACGGCGGUGCGUCGGGUGGCAAGGAAUCGGGGGAGAGACGGAUAUCCAGCGAGCUGUGUGCGCUGUGGCUGCGGAACAGCGGCGGCACCCUCGUUAACGCGAAGGAGACGGCUGUGUGUCGUUGCCUCUUUUUGCAGCCGGCGGAGAUGACGCCGCUUGAGGUGACGACGCAGACCCCGUCCGAGGUCCUGGAGGGUUUUGCUGGGGCGGCGGGGGUGGAGAAUGACGUGGUGGUCUUCUCUGUUUUGCCGUACGUCUUCGAGCGCCGUGUCUGCCGCGUAAUUCGUGCGUGGUGGGCGCUCGAGGGGCAGUACACCACGAAGGUGCGGCCGAGCGGGGCCGUCGCCGUCGUCCCUGUGUGGCGGCUCUGUCAGCUCUGCCUCUGGGAGCAUGAGUACGGGGCCGCCGCGGCUAGCAAGAUGAUGCUGCACUAUUUGAGGUCGGUGAUCGUAAGGGAGGCCUCCGUGCAGCUGCUGCCGCCGCCCACCGUGGCCGACGCGACGGCGACGCCCAUGGAGGAUGCGGGGCGUUGGCUGGUGGCGCUCCGCUCCACGACGGAAGAGCUGUGA